AUGUCGUUCUCCACCACGUUCUACAACACCUUUGCCAAGCGUAACAGUGUAUAUGUUACAUCCAUUUUUACUGCUGCCUUUGCAUUUGGAAUAGGAUUUGAUACCGCAAUCACUACCUUCUGGGAUCGGUGGAACGCAGGAAAACAGUGGAAAGACAUUCGUCACAAAUACAUCCAACAGGACGAAGAGUAA